AUGGAAGCGCAUUUCCAAUACAAGCGAAUCGAGCGGGCUGCUGUGCAGGAGUUGGCAAAUGGUCAAACUCAAUGCUCUUGUAGCGGGAGUGAAAGUCAGAGCUGUGAGUGCAAAGGACAGCCGAUCGACCCUUCCAUUAGCAGCCAACAGACAGAGUUGGCUUGGGUUGUGCAGUGGGCAAACCCUGAUGACCCAUUGAACCCUGCCAAUUGGUCCAUGUUACAAAAGACUUAUGUGACAUUCCUUGUCUCGUUGAUUGGAGUUUCCGUUACUGCGGCGUCUGCGAUAGAUGCGUUGGGGGUGACGCAAUAUACUGAAGAAUUCCACACGUCCAGGACGGUUGGAUCUAUACCAACAGGAAUUUUUAUGAUUGGAAUUGCCUUUGGCUCCUUGCUUUCAGGUCCAUUCUCGGAGACAUUUGGACGAAAUGGAACAUACCUUGUGACCAUGACUUUAUAUUUGCUGUUCAUCAUGGCCUCUGCCUUGGCCCCUCACCUUGCAAGUCAUCUGGUUUUUCGAUUCUUGGCUGGCUUCUUCGGCUCUAGUCCUUUGAUCUGCUGUGGUGGCACCAUAGCAUAUCUGUGGGAUCCGUUGCACAAGGUCUACGCAUUCUUGAUAUAUGCAAUUCCAGGCUUCGGUGGACCUGUGAUUGGGCAGCUGAUUGGGAGUUUCAUCCCGCCCGCCUUGGGGUGGCGAUGGCUUGAGUGGAUCAUGCUCAUCAUGGGGGGCACGGUACUCGUUUUAGUUUUGCUGCUCCAGCCUGAGACGUACGGAAACCUUUUGCUGUACUGGAAGGCUUCCGUCUUGCGUAAGAAGACCGGCGACAAUCGGUAUAGGGCUCCAAUGGAGACGAGGACCUCUUCCCUGCGUGAUCGUCUCGUCAUUGCGCUAUCCCGGCCUUUUCUCUGGAGUUACACGGAGCUUAUCGUUAUGCUUUUUUCCCUUUACCUGACAUUUGUCUACAUUAUUCUCUUCACUUUUCUUGAAGGCUACCACUACAUUUUUGGAGAGAUUUACGGACUGUCCCCAGGCCUGGUUGGAAUUUCUUGGGCUGCAAUGUUGGUUGGCAUGCUGUUCAUCUGGAUUAUUGCCACUGUGGUGUAUUCUUGGACGGCCAAAGAGCUGAAGCUCACCUCUCGCAUCCGGCCUGAGACUCGACUCUGGUAUGCAAUGCUCGGUGGCGCCCCCGCGCUACCGAUUGGUCUCUUUUGGAUGGGAUGGACAGCACGGACAUCUAUUAGCAUCUGGUCGCCCUUAGUCGCAUCGGCAUUUGUGGGCUAUGGCAUGAUAUCUAUUUUCGUCAGUGCUUACUUGUACAUCAUCGACUCGUACGGGGAGCACGCUGCGUCUGCCCUUGCUUUUAUGGGGUUCAGUCGAUAUCUUAUAUCAGGGGGCACCAUGAUAGCUGGAGUCACCAUUUACGAGAAGUAUGGUGUUGCCUAUACGUUGACUGUACUGGGAGCCAUCAGUGCCGUAAUGGCCAUUGUCCCAUAUGCCUUUUAUAUAUACGGGCCAUGGAUCCGAAAGAACAGCAAGCAUACCAUUGCCCGAGAGUAA